UAAGACAUCCCGGAAGUGGAUGUGAAUUGCAACACUAUAUACAAGGUUUAUUUUGGUGCGUAUUUUUUAAGGCGCGCAAUGACACCUUUCCACUUAUGUACAGCCGCGCGCACUUUGCUAAAGUCUUAUCGACACAGAGCAGCGUUAAAAACGGUCCAGGGACUCAGAGUGUGGGAGUUCAGAAACAUGUAUCCAUGUACUUCCAUCGCAGUGCACGACAGCAUGGAGGAGAUCCUGAGAAAGACGGUGGCCCCGUUGCCCACCUAUGAGAUGAGAGAAAAAUCUCCACCUCCACCCGAAUCCAACAGUUUGGAGUUCAUGCACUUCUACAAGAGUUUAGAGAAAGAGCAAAAGCUGGAGUUUCUCGAGAAGCUGUCUCGUGAUUUCGGGGUAGAUCACAGAUGGGCUUCGGAUCUGGCUGCGAAGUUGCUGGACAGUCAGGGGCGGGAUGUGGCCACCAUUCUGCAGGUGGAGGACAGAUUACGGUACAGUUUAACACCCCGGUACCGACAGCUGCUCACGCACAUCAGCAGGGUUCAGGGCGGGGUGAAGUUUCUGGUGGACCUCAGGGCAGAUCUCAUCGAGUUCGCGUCCGCAAAAAUUAGUGACGGUUCGCAUUUCAGGGAUCUGAACAGCACUCUGAAGAGUCUUUUGUCAGAAUGGUUCUCUGUUGGGUUACUCCGACUGGAAAGAAUCACCUGGCAGUCUCCGUGUGAGAUCCUUCAGAAGAUCAGCCAUUAUGAGGCGGUUCAUCCUGUGCGGAACUGGACGGAUCUCAAACGCAGAGUGGGGUCGUAGCGGAGAUGUUACGCCUUCACCCACGCCUCCAUGCCUGGAGAGCCACUGGUGGUGCUGCACGUUGCCUUAACUGAGGACAUCGCGAAUAAUAUCCAGGGAAUUGUAAGAGAGUUUUCCACGCGAGACGUGGACGAAGAUGUUAACAAGAUCAAUGCAGCCAUCUUCUACUCCAUCUCCUCCACUCAGGCCGGAUUGCAAGGGGUGGAGCUUGGAAACUACCUCAUCAAGAGGGUGGUCCGUGAACUGCAGAGUGAAUUUCCCCACAUGGCUCAGUUCUCCAGUCUGUCUCCCAUCCCCGGCUUCUCUUUAUGGCUACAAGGUGCUCUCGGACAGCACAAGAAGGAGGGACGCGCCAUAGAGCUCCUGUCCGAGCAGGAGUGGAGAGAGCUGGAAGAUGUGACGGGAGCUGCUCCCGGCGCCCCAGCACUGGAGGCCCUGCGCAGACUCAUCAGCACCAGCGAGUGGAUCCGCUCUGACCGUCUGGUCCGCGCUCUGGAACCUGCGCUAAUGCGGCUCUGUGCAUGGUACCUGUAUGGAGAGAAACGGCGGGGAUAUGCCCUAAACCCCGUCGCCAAUUUCCAUCUUCAGAACGGCGCCACCAUGUGGAGGCUGAACUGGCAAGCGGACACAAGCCCGCGAGGCAUCGCCAACUCUUGCGGCAUAAUGGUUAAUUAUCGCUACUUUUUACAAGAGACCAGCACUAACAGUGCCGCCUACCUGCAGAGUAAAGUCAUCAAGGCUUCGGAGCAGGUGAUGGGUCUGGUGUCACAGUUCCAGAAGAACAGCAAACUCUGAGUCAAAUCUGUGGCUCGGAAUGUAUUGCCUCUCAAAUUCAGUAUUACCAUUUUCGAUAACUCUGAUCUGCAGGGGGAUGGACAAACACAAUGAUGAUUUAUGCGUGUGAAGCCUUAUGUGGAACUAUGACUGAAACCACCAAGCCGCAUUUCAUCGUUAGUUCAGAAAUGGACAGUUGUACUCUGCCUUUCUGCAAGAUAACAAUCCAGUAAAUCCAAUUUUAAAAGGAUAGUUCACCCAAAAAUGACAAUUCUGGCAUCAUAUGUAUACCCUCAAUCCUGUAUAUUUUUCUUGAUCUUUAGACUUCCUGCAGCUUCUUCCUUAAAUCAUUCUGCAGUUUUUUGAUCCAGCAACAGAUCACAUAUGUCAUAGAUAAGCAUUAUUAAAAGUAUCGUUGGCCAUAUGAUUUAUAAACUAUAGUCUAAGAAGCCAUACACGUUUUUGUUAAGAAUCAAUUGAAAUUAUUUGCUCUCAAAUUGUUCAUGCAAAUCUCUUUAUGAAUAUUUAGCAUUUAUGGCACAGGUUUGAUGUCAUUUAAAUGCACUUAGCAUUUAUGGUCUCAAGAAUACAUUAACUAUAGUUCACGAGUUAUACGGACCACUAUCUUUUUCGAAAUUGACCGCUACUGUUCUAUAUGUAGUGUACACAGUUUUACUACAACUUAUAUUUACAACUUAUGUUAUACGGCUUUCUCUGAUAAUAAUGGCAAAUUGUAAUUCCAUAUGUGAGUCAGAUAUUUAUUCAGUAUUGUGAAGGAUUUAGAGUUUGAGUGGUCCAAUCCGUAAUUCAUGAAGUUGACUGUUUUUGAGCGAUUCUUUAAAAAGAAUCAGUUCUUAAGAGUCAGUUGCUCAUGAAGCAGCAUUUGUUCAGAUAUAAAGAAAGAUACUCUUUAUAUUGUAUGUGUUUUAGCAUGCAGCUUGGAACAGAACUAGACAAAAGAUUUACUCACAGUUGUUUUGCCAUAUAUGGAUACAGAUUUUAGGAUCUGAUAGCUAUUAAACAUAUACACAUAAUUAAAACUAUAAAACAUAACGUAGAAUACAUAUAAAACAACAUAGAGGGCGAGUAAAUGAUGACAGAAUUUUAAUUUUAAGUGAACUAUCCUUUUAUCACGUUUACUGUAAUGAUACGAAGAGAUUUCGCUUAAUUUUUUUAAGGUGUGCCAAAUCUCCACUAAUUUCAAGGAUAAUCGUUCAAAUCAAUCUAUUUUUCUUCAUUCUCCUCAGCAGCGCUUGAGCCCGUUUGAUUAGCCGGCUGCUGAUUUUGAUGCAGACUUAUGCUACACUUUGAAAGACUGGAGGUAAUGAAGCGGGAAGAAUCUAUCAGCCCCUGUCAUGUCUUUGCCUUCUCAGCGUGUGUACGUAAGAGAGCGUUCCAGCGCGACUGAGUGGAAGCUGCUGUAAUAAAUGAUGUUUUGAUUCCUUCAUUAGCGUGAUCUGAUUCACUGUGAAACGGCUGUCUGUAUACUCAAGCCUCUGUGUAAAUGUGUCUCAACUCGCCAGCUAUAAAUGUUUAUUUAUGAAUUAAAAUUCCGCUUAUCUUCCAAAAA